AUGCAGCAACUGUGGAUUGAUUUACAUAAGAGAAUUUUAGCCAUUGAUUUUGCCUGGUACUGUUCAUCAUUUGAAGAUCAGAUUCAAAUCAAUGAGAACUUCAAUAAAGUAGUACUACUGCAUGAGCCCUUUGCUGGUCCAAUUUCCUUUAGAGCUUCUCACAGUGAUUCAAUAUCAAAAAAGCACAACCAUUCAAAUCCAAACACCAAUGCUUAUUCAGCAGGCAGCCUCCUUGUUCAUGUCCUUCUCCAAUACUUAGAGAUUUUUCUUCAUACGAUUUCUCCUAAGAUGCUUCCUGCUCCGCCACCGCCACCACUACUGCUGCCGCUCCCGCCUCCACCCCAAAAGCAGGCAAAGCAAUCUCCACUCAAACAAAUUGUGGAAUCCAAGCAAACAAGAAAUCAACUAACUUUGCCGCUGGACGUGCCAUAUCAUAACACAAUGAAAACGAGAGACAAACCAAUACUCAGGCCACCUCGCCGGACCAAUCCAAUAGUAUGGUGUGGUGCAAUCCUGUGUUUAAUAUUCAGCCUCCUGCUCAUCUUCUUUGGGAUUGCCACGUUAAUCAUCUUUGUUGGCAUUAAACCAAGAAACCCUGUGUUUGACAUACCUAGUGCAAGCCUCGAUGUCAUCUACUUCGAUUCACCAACAUACUUCAAUGGUGAUUUUGCCUUUCUCGCAAAUUUUACCAACCCCAAUCGGAAAAUUGAUGUAAGAUUUGAGUAUUUGGAUAUAGAGCUGUACUUUUCUGACAGUCCAAUAGCUACUCGAGUUCUUCAGCCUUUUCGUCAGAGACCAGGAGAGACAAGGUUGGUAUCAGUUCACUUAAUAUCAAGCUUGGUUUAUUUGCCACCGAAUCUGGCUAUGGAGCUUCAAAAGCAGGUGCAGUGCGACAGGAUUUCAUAUAACGUAAGAGCAACAUUUAGAGUUAAAGUCAAUCUGGGUCUAAUUAGUUUUAACUAUCACUUGCACGGAAGAUGCCAGCUAGAGAUGACCGGCCCACCAACUGGCAUUCUUGUGUCUCGAAGCUGCAGAACAAAGAGAUGAUUAUGCAGAACAAUUCUCUCUCUCUCUCUCUCUCUCUCUCUCUCUCUGUAGAUUCAUCUCAUACUUUUAUGGUGGACACAACUAUUCUUUUUGGAUUGUUCUAAGGGAAGCCUGAACGAUGUUUCUUUCCAACUGCCGACUAGUAUAGAGAGCCAGAGAUCUUCAAUCAACAGUAUGAUUUAUAUCUUUGUUGUAGGCCUUUUUAGCUUGAUAAGCUCAUUGACUGAAAUUAAUUAUUCUAGAGAAAUCAAUUAUCCUAUGCAAUCUCGUUGUAUGAAAUUUGAAACCUUCCAGUGGGUUCAAAUAAUUUGAGCUCAGCUCAUUAAAAAUUGGAAGGUUUUUUAUGAUCUCC